GGACAUGAUUUUAAUUUGUUUCUUUUUUAGCUAAAUUUAAAAACAUGAAAAAAUGUCAAACGACAGCAUUAUUUUCUAGUAAGCAGUUUGGCUUUAUGGGCUGCACUUGUGCAAAGCAAUUGAAGCGUCCAAGAGGGUAUGAAGAUCCUGUUGCUCUUGCCUCUCAAACAUAUUUUAGUGUGAGCGAAGUAGAGGCUUUGUAUGAGUUGUUUAAGAAACUAAGUAGCUCUAUGGUCGAUGACGGCUUUAUUAACAAGGAGGAAUUUCAGCUUGCUUUGUUUAGGAACAGCAAGAAGCAAAACCUAUUUGCGGACAGGAUAUUUGAGUUGUUUGAUGCAAAACAUGAUGGAGUGAUCGGAUUUGGGGAAUUUGUCAAAUCAUUAAGCGUCUUCCAUCCGAACUCACCUCAAGCAGACAAAGAAGAAUUUGCAUUCCAAUUGUAUGAUCUAUGGCAAACUGGCUACAUAGAGAGGGAGGAGGUCAAAGAAAUGGUACUGGCUCUUCUUAAUGAAUCAGACAUGAGUCUAUCAGAUGACAUUAUUGAAGCCAUCGUUGAUAAGACGUUCAUUGAGGCAGAUUCAAAUGGUGAUGGUAAGAUUGAUAGAGAAGAAUGGAAGGCAUUUGUAGCACGAAAUCCGUCCUCAAUGAAGAUCAUGACUGUACCAUAUUUGAAGGACAUAACCACUACAUUUCCAAGCUUUAUAUUCAGAUCAGAAGUCGAAGAUGCAGAUGUACAGAGGGAACUGGGAUAAGUUCAAUGUCCAAGUAGUGUCAACUUAGUGGGAGUGAAUCAUAAGUCUUCAUUGGCUGGGCAGAAGGUCUGUCCUUGUGCUUCACAUUUUCUGUUACAGUGGAGUUGCCUGCGACUCUUGGGAGAUGACAUGAGAUGGGUGUACUCCAAAAUUCUGACACUUAUUUAAUGAAUAUUUAGAUUAUUAAUACAAAUACCCAAGGUUAAGAAAUUAAUUUUCCAA